CCGGAACAGUUAUGGCAGCAGUAACAACACACAAGCUUCGUUGCCAAUGGAAGAUCGCUUUCGAAAUACCUGAUACUGAAGCAAUUUUUUUGCUUAUCAAGUUUGUCUUGUGUAUAUAAUUUAACGUAUUAUUAAUAUAGGAACACUGGAUCUUCUUCUGACAAUUUUUUUUGUCUACUUACGAAAUGUAAGCAUUUCAGAGUGUCACAAAGGACUUGUGAAUGUCACAUUAUUGUGAUAAUGGUACCAUAAUACUGACACCUCCAACAAAACAACUGGCAACUUCCAGACAUCUAACCGGAGAGGAGUUCGUCCAGGAUGGGAAAUUUUCUAAAUAGCUGCCUACCUGGAAGGGGAGUGAAGCCUCAAGUCAGGCCAAUUGUCCCAAAUCACACUGUGGAUGAGAAUAUCUCUAUAAAGAAGAAAUCACAUCCGAACCAUGGGUACAGCAACAACUUCAUCAAAACUACUCGUUACACUUUACUGACGUUCUUACCCAAAAAUCUUUUUGAACAGUUUCACCGCUUCGCGAACAUAUAUUUCAUAUUUGUGGUGGCCUUGAACUGGAUUCCACAAGUGCAGGCGUUUGCCAAAGAAGUUGCGGCACUGCCUGUGCUGUUCGUCUUGCUAGUCACGGCUCUGAAAGAUGCCUUUGAGGACUUCCGGCGCUACAGAUCUGACAAGAAAGUGAAUAGUAUUGCGUGCAGGGUCUUUGACGUGAAAGAGAAGCGUUAUGUAAAGAGGGAGUGGGCGCACAUUUUUGCUGGAGACUUUGUGCAUUUGAGUUGCAAUGAGAUCAUCCCUGCAGACAUCUUGUUUCUCCGGUCAAGCGACCCACAAGGCAUCUGUCACAUUGAGACCAGCAACCUGGACGGGGAGAGCAAUCUCAAGCAGAGACAGAUCGUCGAACAGUUUGCUAAUGUGGCGAAGAGAGAAGACUUCUCCCCAACCAUGUUCCCUUACACUGUGGAUGUGGACGAGCCAAACUCGGAGAUCUACUCCUUCAAGGGAUCUAUCAACAUGGAUGGGGGAACAAAGGCUUCACUAAACAGCAGUAACUUGCUGCUUCGUGGAUGCAGUAUUCGCAAUACAGACUUCAUCGAAGGACUGGUCGUGUAUGCAGGAGGAGAGACAAAGGCCAUGUUGAACAACAGGGGCCCUCGUUACAAGAUCAGCAAGCUGGAGGGCAAGAUCAACCGUGACGUCAUCUGGUGUGUCAUACUGCUCCUCUUCCUCUGCUUCUUCUGUGCCAUCGGAAGUGGCAUUUGGCUGGCCGACUACAACAACCUGACGGAGAACACCAACCUGGUGCCCUUCAUCGCAUUUGGUGACCUUGACCAGUACAGUCCCCUGUAUCAGGGCUUCAUUGUCUUCUGGACGUAUAUCAUUAUCUUCCAAUACAUCUUCUCUGACAAGACCGGCACGCUCACGGAGAACCGGAUGGAGUUCAAGUCCUGCACCGUUGGAGGGGUGAACUACCCGCAUCUGCCUUGUGGGGAUGAGUCCAGCAGCCACAGUGACUACAACAGCCGCCAGUCCUUUACGGCAUAUAGCAGAGCAAGCUCUACCAUUGAGAACCUGUACCUGGAGCCUGCCCUCCAACGAGAGUUGUCUAACAUGUGCCUGAGAUCCUUGGAUAGUGCUGAGCUCACGAUCCCCCUCCAUGUCAAGCGAGUCCAGGAGUUCUUCUUCCUCAUGGCUGUCUGCAACACCGUGGUUGUCUCCUACAUCCAUGAGGAUGCUAUGGACGAGAGUGGGUAUGUCACAGAAGCAGUUUCUCCUAAAAAAGGGAGCACGCCUGGUACAAGCACCAGCAGAGAGUCGUUGAAUGUGUCAGGGGGCGGUACCCUUGGCUCCACUCGCAGUAGCGACUCUCUGGACCGGCCGGCCCCACACACCCGUAUGCAGGGCGGGCUGACACCGCUCAAGUCACGUUCCCUGCUGUCCCUAUCAGCAUCUGAAAGCGGAGGGGACUUCAUGUCUGAGGGCAGCGUGACGGGGUCCUCGUUUAUCUCGGAGGGUUCCGCCCGCAUGCACUACGAGGCUGAGAGUCCUGACGAACUGGCUCUGGUCAAGGCGGCUAGCACUUACGGCUGCAAGCUCAAGGGAAGGUCCCCAGGGAAGGCCAAGGUCUUUCUGCCAGCUGACAACGAAGAGGUGGAGCUAGAUGUGCUCAACGUGCUCCACUUUGACGCCGUCAGGAAGAGGAUGUCUGUCAUUGUACGGCACAUCAAGUCUCGCACCAUCAUCCUCUACAUCAAGGGAGCUGACUCUGCUAUACUGGAAAUUUUGCACUCUCGUUAUGAAAGUGAUGAGGAUGACAAACGUGUGAAGACCAUGACCUUGGAACAUCUCAACAGCUAUGCCAUGAAGGGCCUGCGUACUUUAUGUAUGGGCAAGCGGGAGUUGGAUGCAGCCACGUACGAGAGGUGGGCUGUGGAACACAGGAAGGCAGAGAGUAGCAUGAACAAUAGAGAUGAACUCAUUUUGGAGUCAUGCCUGGCAAUUGAAAAGGAUAUUGAACUUUUGGGUGCCACGGGAAUAGAGGACAAACUCCAGGAUGGUGUGCCCAGCACCAUUCACAAACUGCGGGAGGCCGGCAUCAAAGUCUGGGUGCUCACGGGAGACAAACAGGAAACGGCCGCACAGAUUGCCUAUGCCUGCCAUCUGUUUUCCUCGGAUCAAGAGUUGCUCAAAAUCAAUGCAGACACCAAAGAGGCAACGAAAGAACGUCUAGACGAGAUCCUCGCAGAUAUUCGGGCUACCAGAACGGCUGAGGACACUGAAAACUUUGGAUCAAGAAUAUCCUUUAUAUCCCAGUCAAUGACCUCGCUACGUUCCACAGUCAAUGAUCAGCAGAAAAACUAUGCUCUCAUCAUCAAUGGGCCCACCUUGAACUUUGCCACCCACGAGGACCUCCAGCGUCGCUUCCUCAAGAUCUGCCUGCAGUGUCAGUCUGUGGUCUGCUGCCGUGCCACGCCCAUACAGAAGUCUACGGUGGUGAAGCUUGUGAGGGACAAUCUGAAGAAGUUAACCUUGGCUAUAGGUGACGGUGCCAACGAUGUGAGCAUGAUCCAGACGGCUGACAUCGGUGUGGGCAUCUCUGGUCAGGAAGGCAUGCAGGCUGUCAUGUCCUCGGACUUUGCCAUCGCUCGUUUCCGUUUCCUGGAGCGCCUUUUGCUGGUUCACGGCCACUGGAACCACGACAGGCUGUCCAAGUUUGCUGCCAUUAUGUUUUACAAGAGUCUGCUGUCCGUCCUGGUUCUGUUCUGGUUCCAAAUCUUCAGCGGUUUCUCUGGCUCUCUGAUGAUUGACAGCCUCUACCUGACCAUGCAGCACGUCAUCUUCACGGCUGCCCCGCCCCUCACCAUCGGCAUCUUCGAUAAGGAUCUCUCGGCUAGGACUCUGCUGGCAGAUCCCACCCUGUAUAAACCAGGCCAGAGAGGGGAUAUGUACACUCACUGGACCUUUCUCAUCGUCAUGAUAGACAGCAUUUACCAGAGUCUAUGCAUCUAUUUCGUCCCUCACCUGUCAUACGAGAACCACGCGGUGGGGCUGUGGGAGUUUGGGACCACGGUGGACGUGUGUAUGAUCCUCACCAUCCUGCUGCACUUUUGUAUAGAAAUCAACUCCUGGGUAUGGCUACAGUGGGCCUCGCUGGUGCUGAGUUUCGCCCUAUUUUGGAGCUUCCUGCUCAUCUCCAACGCCAUAUUCUUCACCUUUGACCACCCGUCCAACCCGUACUGGGUGAUGGAGAACACCAUAGCCACAGCCAUACACUCUGCCAUCGUCAUCUGCUUC